UAGACUUUUAAUUUGUAUGGGAUUACCCAUGAUUCCGCAAAACACAAUCCGGAAGUCAGUACUGUCGAUGCGGAACUGAUGAAGAGAGUAAAUAAAAAAUAACUGGCAGACUGCGCUUCAUCUGCAUUAAUAUAAAAGCUGCGACAAUGACAAACGUUUACUCUUUCGACGGAAUUCUUGUAUUUGGAAUUCUGUUCAUUUGCACGUGUGCGUACCUGAAGAAAGUCCCUCGUCUAAACAGUUGGCUCUUGUCGGAGAAGAAAGGAGUCUGGGGAGUGUUUUAUAAAGCUGCAGUGAUAGGAACACGGCUUCAUAUUGUUGUGGCAGCGUUGUGUUUCUGUAUGGCAUUUUACCUGAUUUUCCUGAAAUGACCUGGAUGGAUCAGUCUUAUGGACACUGGACUGUUGAAUGCCAAAAGAAAUGUAUCGGUGGCAGAUAUUGCCAGCUACUAGUGAAGAUGUACUCCGCCUGCCCCACAAUGUUGGUAGAAGCUUGAUUUAAGAACUUUGCAUUUUGUAAAUGUUUAAAUUAAGAUUAGAGAUUUGGGAAUUAGGUCUCGGAUCAAGAUACAUGUUUUGGAAAUGAUGUGAAAUGCACCUUUUCAAGGUCAAGAAGCUUCUGCUUAGCGAUUCAGACUUCACUUGUGUACAAAGAAUUGUCUAUGUUAUGUUUCCUCUCCAAUGAAAGCUUAAUUUGGGCAUAUAGGGGUAAUUUGAAAAAGCUUAAAAACGUUAGGAAAAGGUUAUCUUGUAAAUUGUUCAUGACUUUCUUUUUAUCAAAGAAGUAGAUGUGCUUUUAUGGUUUGGUAAAAUGUCAUGCAAAGCUUAUGCCAUUUUCAAGUGACUCCAAAUAUUUAUCACAAAGAUGCACAAGAUGUGGAAUCGGUGCUGUUUGCAACACAGGAGAACAGUUCUUUUGUAAACAUUUUAAAAAGACAAAAUGAAAAUUAGAUUGAAAAUUGAAAUAGAAUAUUGAGAAUACCGAAUAUUGACGGGGCUUAAAAAAGACAUUACAAUAUACAUAAAUCUCAUCUCUCAGAUACUCUUAUUAAUACAGAUACAUAUAUAUUGUUUAUGGAAUAUGUUGUAGGAAAGAUGAGAAUGAUAACACUACGCAUUAAAUUAUCAUUCAUUAUCUGAAGGUAUCAGCUUCACUUUUCUUAUAUCUGUAAAUGUAUUUUAUGUAAUAUAAAAACUGUAAAAAAAAACUCUUGUCUGAAAUACUCAUGCCUGUAUCAAGUAAAAACUCUUUUAAAAUCUUUUUUCACUAAAACUUUUCUGUUCCACCUAUGUAUCCGGGCACUUAACCUGAUUUGUCUGUAUAUAUGGUGAUAGAUGUUGAAUGUUCAGAUUUGUCAUAUGUUAAAAGGUGAAUAUUUUAUAGUAAACCCUAUGCAACCCAAAUUCGACCGUUUGGGACAGUUAUUUUUUCCAUUAAUUCCUUUUCAUCCCAAACAAACUAUUUUCUUUGUGAAUUUGAAAUACAUAUUUUUUGUUCUGUUUAGUAACCAUUCCUUUAAACAGUUUUGAAAUUUAGACGUGAGAUCGACAUAACAUAUGUCUAAAAGCUGCUCCUUUGGUCAAUGUCAAAGUAGUUAUGGCUUCCUUUUAGAUAUCACAAUCACCUGCACUUGCUGUUACCAAACAUUCUUAAAAAAAAGAGUUGUUACUCAAAGUUAUUUUAAAUAAAAUAUUCCUAAUUAAUAUUUAA